AUGGCGUUGGACAAACGUGUUAAAGAUGAGAUCAGUGCAGAUGACCGUUGCUCGAAGUACUUGAGGAGGUUAGUCAGUGGGUUCAAAGUUGAAAAAAAAUUCCAAAAGAUAUACACCGACAACAAGUUUCAAGAAAUUCAAACAGAGUGUUCAAGGAUGAUGUACUGCAGUGUUCGAGAGGAGAGGGUUUUGUCUGAAAACCUUACACAAUAUUGGCUGGUGGAUCGUGUUUGGAUUGUACCUCCAGGGGCAAGUGAGGAGGUUAUUACAAAUCGCCGAAGAAUCUACAAAGUGUUGUAUUUUCCAUUGACAAAAGAGGUUCAAUGUGAUUGUAGAAAGUUUGAAACACACGACAUUCUUUGCAAACACACCAUUAGGGUUCUUGAUGAGAACUUGGUGGAGGUUCUCCCUGAUAAGUACAUAGUAUCCCGAUGGAGGAAGGACAUACCCCGGAAGCAUACUAGGGUAAAGGUGGCAUACCAUGAUCCCGGAGACACGGAGCACGUCAAGAGGUUUGACAAGAUGAUGGGAAAAUUUGAGCCGUUGUGCGAAACUGCUUGUAAGGUAAACGAUCAAACCGUUCAAAUGGUGAUUGAGGCACUAUCAAAACUCCAAAUAGCUGUGAAUAAGUGUAGGGACAAGAAGCGUGAAGAAGAUAAACCUGUGCUUAGUUCACUCUCACUAACUCAUCAGUCCGGAACCCUAUGUCAGAGCCUACAGAAAUAUGCCCAACUGCAAUGGAUCCUAUUAUCAAAGACCCUCUUAUUAAGAAAAAGCGUCGAGGAAGGCCAAAGGGUACAAGGCACAAAUCAUUGGUUGAAAAUCAGAAGCGUCAGGUGGAGAAACAUAGCUUAUGAAGCAGGAAUGUAG